CUUAAAUACGUUUAACUUCUGGCAGGGCCGCCUGUAAUCCAGUGACUGCAACACAUUUUGGGAGAAAUAAACCACCUCAGCCACCAGAAUGUUUGCUGCUGUUGGAAGACAACUCAAAAACCACCCAGCUCUGAUCCCCCUGUUCAUUUUCAUCGGUGGAGGGUGCACCAUGUCCCUCUCGUACCUGGCCAGGCUGGCCAUCCGUAACCCUGACGUCUGCUGGGACAAAAAGAACAACCCAGAGCCAUGGAACAAACUGGGUCCCAACGACCAAUACAAGUUCUACACUGUAAACAUGGACUACAGCAAACUGAAGAAGGACCGUCCUGACUUCUAGGCUGUCUGUAUCCAGGGCAACGCCGCACAACCUGUACUGCAAGGACUUGAGAGACGAAAAAAAAAAAAAAAGGCAACGGAAGCCCUCCGCACACUCUUCCAACCAAAACCAAAAAAAAUCGAAUCCAUUGUAGGCAAAGAGGCUUAACCGCACAAAUUGUUACCGAUUUGCUGGUAUCCCUUCCCUAAAUCCGUUUGACCUGUGAUUUUUCUAAACCUUUGUAAUUUUCUCAAGAAUCCUUUCUGUUUUUCUUCAUUCUUUGUGGCUGUUUUGCAGCACUAAAUUAAAAAAAAGGAGGUUUACCUCCCUUGUUCAGAAAGUUU